AUGGCGGACGAGACGGAGGUUGAGACGGUCACCCGCAUUCACGCAGUAGACAUUCGGGACUUGUACCCGGAUCGAGCACCGGAGGACGCCACUUCGAGAGUGUGUCUGCUCUGCGGUGCCAAGCUCAAGGACAAAACGCACAAUCUGACUCGGCAUCUGGAGCGACACCACGCCGGGGCGCUGCUACAGUUGUUGGAGCAACGCAACCAGGCGUCACCCAGUGUGUUGGCUUCGAGGACCAGACGCACGCAACAGGAGAAGACGACGGCCAGACAGACGACAGCUGGUCAGGUGGAGGACUCGGUGCUUAAGGCUGGAGACGCCAAGCUCGCGCUGGCGAGGUGGCUUGCGCAAGAACAGCUACCCGUUGAUUUGAUCGAAAAGUCCGGUUUCCGAGAGUUCGUUGAGGCCCUCAAUGAACAAUUCAGCCCGCCAAAGAGAGAAGAAUUGCGGCGGUUACUGGGUACGUUGAUGAUGGCGCUGAGGGCUACGUGUCGCUGUAAUGAAGACUCGCCUCUGGUCUCUUGCAGUCGAGUCGCGUGUGAUAUCGUCGACAGCGGAAAGGCCAAAGUGAAGGUGUUACGAGCAGCCGCGUCACUCCUCGACGGGCAAACUUGUCGGGGUAAAAUUCUCGGCAAGAACGGCGUACUUGGUAGAUCCUUCGUUGGCCCUUCCGACAGCGACUUCUCCUGUAUCGGUGUGAGCGCAUCCAGUGGCGCUCUCGCCGAGUACAUCGUGGUGCCAGUCUCCAACCUCUCUGUUGUUCCCCCAGCCGUCCCCGAUGACUUAGCACUGCUAUCCGACGACAUCUCUGUCGUUCUCUCCAUCGCCAACGAGCUCCAGCGGCGACAAGUAACCAACAUUGCGAUCCUAUCUGACGGACCGUCAGCCAUCCUGUCGAACCUAUUGACGCGAUAUCUACAUCAAAACGUGCAGUUCGCACCGCAAAAUCUCCACGUGUUCUCCACGUCAACAGUCAGCACCUCCGUGUGGUCGCAGCACGUAUCCCUCACUCCUCUAGAUAUUUAUCAGCCUGCUGCUGUUGCUCAAGUGAUGGCGCGACAGACCGAGUUGGCGUUGGACGUCGUCGUGGAUCUCAUUGGCUCCGAGGCUUCUGUCGAGUUCGCCCUGUCGCUGGUACAGUCCAUGGGCUGCGUUGUGCUCGUGGACAGGUCGCGGCUGGAGCUACACCCGCAAUCGACGAUUCCCAUGGAUAUGAACUCCGUUGCCGUUAGAGAGCUGGAGGUCGUCAGUAUACAAGACUGCAGAAGCUUCUUGGGCGACGCAUUGCAGUACUUGGCCACACAAGCGCAAAAUCGAGAGAGCGCGACGGAGCUGCGUGAGUGUCUGCUAGACAGUGUGAAGCUCUCGUGGGCGCUUCACGAGCUCCAGACGAUCCCUGAGCGAACGCUAGAAGCGCGGUAUCUUCAAGUGGUUUUGACUUGA